AUGGCGGUAGCAGCGGUGGCGGUGGAUUUGGAGGUAAUGGAGGCGGUGGAUUCGGUGGAGGUGGAUUUGGCGGAGGAAGCGGCGGCGGCAGCGGUGGAUAUGGCGGUAGCAGCGGUGGCGGUGGAAUUGGAGGUGUGGAGGCGGUGGAUUCGGUGGAGGUGGAUUUGGCGGAGGAAGCGGCGGCGGCAGCGGAGGAUAUGGCGGAGGCAGCGGAGGCGGAGGCGGUGGCAGUGUAGUUGCCGGAAUUCUGGUUGGCAGCGGAACUCUCUCGGGAGGAGGCGGCGGUGCGGUGGUGGCGGCGGAGGCGGUGGUUACGGAGGUGGAAGCGGAGGAGGUUUUGGCGGAGGAAGCGGAGGAGGUGGAGGCAGUUUUGGUGGGGGAAGUGGAGGCGGAUUUGGAGGCAGCGGAGGUGGCAGCAGCUCAGGCGGAUACGGAAGGUAA